GGGCUGCAGAUUGGGAUCCCCUCAGCUGUCCCGCUCUUGGGGACAGCCCCGUGGGGUGAUCCCUGCGGCAAGGCGGAGCGAACCACGGGGACAUGGCAGAAGGAAACGGGAAUCCCAGAGGGAUGGGCCGUCUGGUUCCAGUGGGAUCUGUGGGAUCCCACUGGGGUGAGCCAUGGGGUCCCAGUGGGAUGAGCCGUGGGAUUGCAGUGGGAUCUGUGGGAUCCCACUGGGGUGAGCCGUGGGUUCCCAGUGGUAUGAGCCGUGGGGUCCAAGUGGGAUGAGCCAUGGGCCCCCCCUGGGGUGAGCUGUGGUCCCCAUCAGAGUGGCCCUGGAGCAGCACAUGGGGUGGGCCCCUCGGUGCAGGCGGUGCGUGGGGCAGGAAGCGAGGGCGGAAGCCACAGCCCUGCAUGGGGCUGUUCGCAUGCGCCCCAUGGCCAGCCCCACCCCACCAUGGCAGCUCUUGCCACCUUCCUGGUGCCUGUCCUCCUCCUCCUCCUCUGUGGGCCGGACCCCUGCCCUGCUGCUGCCCACAGCCAGCCAGUCCCUCUGUAUCCCUGGACCUCCUGGGCUGCUGGGAAGAUGUCCUUCAUCUUCAUGUGUGGAAACAGCCAGAGCGCAGCCUGUUUGCUGCAUUGUGUUACACUACAGCUCCGAAAAGCCUGGCUCUGGCUUUUUCCUGCUCCUGCAGUUCUGGCUGAGGUGAAGUGUGUCCUCUUCAACGAGGAGUACAUGAACUGCACGUGGGGGAGCAGAGAGACACUCAAGGCCAACUACUCCCUCUACUACUGGUACAGGAACACAUCCAACAAGGUGGAGUGCAAGCAUUACCGGCAGGACCAGGACAUCAGAGUCGGCUGCCACUUCAACCAGAACGAGAUCAUCCAGUUCCAGCCUUUCCACGUCCUUCUCAAAGCCAGCAUGGGCGGCAGCACCCUGGAGAUCAGCAAGCGCAUGGAGCUGCAGGACCUGGUGAAACCAGAUGCGCCCGUCAACCUGACCAUCCACAACAUGAGCAACAACCAGCUGCAGCUGACCUGGGCCACCACAUACCCCAAAGCCAAGUGCCUGGAGCACGCCGUGAAGUACAAGAGCAACAAGGACACCGACUGGAUGGAGAUCUCGGUGAAUGGAGAUGUCUUCUCCUUACCCAGCGUGGACUACAAGAAGUUCUACACCUUCUAUGUGCGCAGCAAGGUCAACAAAUACUGCGGCAGGACCCAGCUCUGGAGCGAGUGGAGCGUUCCCGUGGUCUGGGGCAGCAACUCCACCAGCAAGAGCACAGUCCACUGGUUCUGGAUCCACACAGUCUUGAUCCCCAUUGCCUCCUGCGUGAUCUUGCUGGUCCUUGUCAUCCUGCUGGUGCGCAUGGAAAGGGUAUGGGUCAUCCUAAUGCCCCGAAUUCCCAACCCCAGCAAGAAUUUCGAUGAGCUCUUCAUCACCCACAACGGCAACUUCCAGGAAUGGGCUGGAGUCCCCAAGGAUGUUGUGGAGAGCUUCAAGCCCAACUACAGCGAGAACAUCUGUUAUGUGAGUGAGCUGCCACCCAAGGACAGCUACGAUCCCCUCUGGGAGAGCAGCAACCCCCCACCGUCUGUGAUGCCUUCGGCCUCACCUGCCCCCGGCGAGCACAGCCCCUACAAGAACAGCUAUGGGAGAGUGUGACACACUCCUGCACCCCCCACGCUGCACAGCUUUGCUGCCAAAACCUCACUGCUCUGCAGGCCCUGCUCCCUGCUCCUGCCAUGCCUCCCCCAGCUGCCCCUGGUUUUGCUUCCUGCCAUGGCCACACUCAGCCCCCCAUGACACAGGGGCUGCACUGCACUGCAGGUGCUGGGGGAGCACGGUGUGCUGGGUGCCCUGGGGGCUGCACUGGGGGCACUGGUGGUGCACUGGUGCCCACAAGCACACCCAGGGACGUGUCCUGGCAAGCAGGCAGGGGCCACUGGCAAACUGAUGGGGACAUGGGGGAUGAGGAGUGCCAGGGAGAACAAGAGUGGAAAAAUAAUGGAAGACACCUGAAGAGUAUUGUAAACAUGUUCAAGUGACUUGCAGCUGGGUGUAGAAAAACAUAUAUACCAUACUCUUAGAUGUUUAGCCUUGUGUGUUUGGCAAGUAGAACUUCUGUGUUUAGAUAACACAGGCUUGUGAUAGACUUAGUGGCACCUUAUUUAACAUGCUUGAGAUUCCUGCCCUGCUAUGGGAAAGAUCAAAUCACAGUGGUAAACCAGGACUGCACAAAUCCUUGAUAAACAGGCAAAAACAGCAGGUUCAGUGAUUCUCCAGCACAGGCCAAGCUCCACAGUACCUGCAUCCCUGCUUGUCUGCCUCUGCCCAGGUGCUGCUUGGGGGAUCCUCCAGUCCUCAAGAUAAUGAAAAUAAAUUUCCUCUUUGCCUUU